AUGAACACGUUCGGCAAGUUCCUCGGGCAUGGCUCGUCGAGCAACACUGCCGCGGGCAACGCGCCGAGCGUGACGUCGAGCACAGGCCUAAGCUUUGCGUCGACGAUCGGGCCGCCGUCCGGCGCCAGCACUGCCAUGUCGGCCAUGUCGCGGCUCGGCGGCUUCAUGACCAAGGUUCCGUUUCCCUUGGGCGCGACGGCGGCGGCGCCGACCAACAAGAUCGAGCGUGCAAGCCACGAUGGUGAGCUCACCGAGUACGUGUACGAGCACGACCGCGUCGACGGCGGCGUCCUGCGGCCAAGUGUCGACCCGAAGCGGUACGGCGACGCGUCCGCUGCGAUCGGGCUGGGCGACGACGUCUUUCCGACGACGACGCUGCCGGAAGGGUACGAGUGGACGAGCGAGUGGGAGGUCGACCUCUUCUCCAACUGGGCGAGCGUCGACAAGGACGGCUGGACGUACGGCGCGGACUGGACCGACGUGCUCAAGCUCGCAAAGGAGGAGCUCAGCCACGCGACAAAGCACCCGAACGACGCCGUGCGCCGCCGCCGCCACGUGCGCUACUACAAAAAGAAAGACCAAGGCAGCCGCGCCGAGGCCGAGCCCGAGACGACGACGACGUGGGCGGCCGAGCAAGAUUUGCGGAUGAGCGACGAAGACGCCGACGACCCGUUCUCGCGCACGGCGCAGAAGAAGCAGUCGGGCUUCCGGACCAUGAACUUUGCGACGCGCGCGGGCAAAGACUUUACAAAGGACUACGCCAACAUCACGGACCUCGGGUCGUUGCCGUGGCUUGUCAACGCCCAGGACGCGAGCGCGGUCCAGUCGGACGAAGCGAUUCGCGAGAAAACCGCCAACCUCGAAGAGCGCAUCAAGAAGGCGGCCGAGAAGAGCGCGGCGCAGGAAGAGGCGCUGCGCGCCAAGCACCAGAAGAAGCUCCGCGACGUUGCCCUCCAGCAGAAGAAGCUGUCGCUGCUCGUGGAGCAGUACCGCAAGGUCAAGGCCGAGUACGACACGCUGCAGGCCAAUGCGACCGAGCUCGCGCGCGUCGUCGACACACUGCGCAAGGAAGCGACGGAAAAGGAUAUUUUGGCCAACGAAGACCAGCGCGCCAUCAACGCCGAGAUGCAGGCCGCCAACCAGGCGCUCGAGGAGAAGGCCAAAGCGCUCGUGACGGCGCGCAUUCGCUACAAGCGCGACAACAAGGCACUCGGCGCCGCGAUCCAAGCGGCCAAGCAGCGGCUGGAGGCGCAGGAGAAGACCAAGGCGGCGGGCGGCGACGACCCGGUCGCGGCCGAGCUCGACGAGAUGGUCGAGAAGCUCACAAAGCUCCACAGCAAGGUCGAAGCCGUCAAGCAGCAUCGGCUCGCGAUUGAAGAAGAACGCAAAGAAAUGUUUAGCCAAGUUGUCGAAAAGAAGUCCGACUUGCGACUACAGUCCAAGAUGAAGCUCGAGGCGACGCUGCACGAGAUCGACUCGAAGCUCGAGCAUCUUAAGCAAGAGCAAGCGAAUUUGCUCAAGGCGUACGCCAACAAGCCUGAAGGCGAGCUCCUCAAGCAACUCAACAACAGACGGAGUGACAUUCGCAAUGAAAUGUCGGCGCUCAAGAGCCGGCGCGCCGAGCUCGUCUCGCACAACGCGGCGCCCAGCGCGCCCCGACCGCAAGUCGCAGAGCUCUAA